CAAGAGACAAAUUCACGCAAUUUGAAGAAGUUUUGUGGAAGGAGGUGUGAAAAGGACACCAUGAGCUUUACCCCAGUGCGUACCCCCGUCUGCAGAAAGCCAACAACUGUCUCCAAACAUGAUGUCCCCUGUGACUUCAGUGGUCCCACCAAGUGGAAGGGAAUGUCUUUCUUGGAUUCGAUGGAGUCAACUCCCUUGCCUUCCACGGAAGAUCGUCUGGCUGUCUUCUGCCCUUCUCAGGAGCUUCUGGAAUAUUACCAAAAGAAGAUGGCUGAGUGUGAGGAAGAAAAUGAAGACCUGUUGAAGAAACUGGAACUCUACAAAGCAGCUUGUGAUGCACAGCAUAAACUAGAAUGGGAUUUGCAGCAGAGGGAGGAAGAGGUUGCUGAAUUGCAGAAAGCUCUAAGUGAUAUACAGGUCUGCCUCUUCCAGGAACGGGAGCAUGUUUUACGCCUCUACUCAGAAAACGACCGACUGAGAAUCAGGGAGCUAGAAGACAAGAAAAAGAUUCAGAGUCUCUUGGCUCUUGUGGGCACAGACACUGGAGAAGUGACCUAUUUUUAUAAGGAGCCUCCAAACAAAGUCAGCAUUCACUCAAAGACUAUCCAGGCUGUAGGUAUAUGUGAACAGAAUGAAUCUUCCUCAGCUUUCAGAGCAGAGUCUAAAGUAAACAAAAGAAAACCAGCAAUGAGAGAGAAGGAAGAAAGUUCUGAGCAAUACCAGAGAGACAUACAAACACUUAUCCUACAGGUGGAAUCACUGCAGGCUCAGCUGGAAGAGCAGACCAAGCUUUCUAGAGAGCAAGUUGAAGGGCUCAUGGAGGAUAGACGGAUUCGCAUUGAGGAAAUACAAGUUCAUCACCAGAGAAAUCAGGACAAAAUCAAAGAGCUUACCAAAAAUCUCCAUCACACCCAAGAACUUCUCUAUGAGAGCACGAAAGACUUUUUGCAACUCAGAUUUGAAAACCAAAAUAAGGAGAAGUCAUGGAUGCUUGAAAAGGAUCAUUUGAUGUCAAAGAUUAAGCAAUACAGCAUGCAGUGUAAGAAGAAAGAAGAUAAACUUGGAAAAGUUUGGCCAGUCAUUCAUGAGACUCAUCAUAACCAAAAUGAAUAUAUUAAGUCCCUAAAGGAUAAGUUAAUACAAGAGAAAAAAUUAUCCAGCAUGUAUCAAGAGCAGUGCAUUUCCCUAGAAGAGGAACUUGCCCGAAUUCGUGAGGAAGAGGGAGUGAGGAGAGAGAUCUUCAAGGAUCGUACUAACAAGAUGGGGAAGCGUUUACAGGUGAUGACAAGACGCUAUGAGGCUUUGGAGAAUCGGCGUAUCUUGGAAGUAGAAGGCUUUAAGACGGAUAUUAAGAUUCUCCGGCAGAAGCUGAAAGACUUGGAGCAAAUCCUCUAUAAGGCAACACUUAAUGCCCGGGCAAACCAGGAUCUUGCCAUUCUUUGUGAGGUGCGUGACAGCAAUAGACGGGCACAUAAGCUACAAGGAGAACUAAAGAACCUUAAGUCGAAAGUCUUUGGUCUGGAGAAUGAGCUUAGACUCUGUUGAUGUUUACGUUUAGACAUGGCCCUCUGGAAUAGGUCUGCUUCCUGAAAUCUGAGGAAAAGGUCCUCUUCUCCCAGAAA